ACGUGAUGCCGUACUCUGUGGCUCCUGAGCAGCGAUGACCGAAGGCUCCUGGUGUCCACCCUCAUCCCGCUCUUCGUCCGUCUUUCUCCCUCCUCUGCCUCCGCGCUCACACUUUUUUUUGCCUCGGACCGUUCUGGCACGCGAGGGUCGAGCGGUGCAGGAAAUUUCCCCCCCCCCCCUCCGCUUCCAUUCCUCUCUCCAACUGUGUGGUGAACCUGCUGCUCGGCGCCACACACUUGACCCGGAGGCUCCCCAGGCAAAACAAAGGAAUUAACCAUGAACUUCACUCUCACCAGGAGACCCAGUGUGCCACCGAACAGGGAACUGUGAGAUCUGUGGAAAGUUAACUGAGACCUCUCUGGAAAUGACAAAUCGAAACACUCUUGUCAUGAUCAGAUAUUAAUUACCAAAAGGAGACCAUGGAGGGAGACGGUGUCCUGAACUCCACUGUAAAUACCACCACCAUGGAUGUCCACCCGGUCCCCCACAGCCUGUGGGAGGUGAUCUCCAUCGCGACCGUGUCGGCCGUAGUCAGCCUCAUCACCGUCGUGGGGAACGUGCUGGUGAUGCUCUCCUUCAAGGUCAACAGUCAGCUAAAGACAGUGAACAAUUACUACCUGCUGAGCCUGGCAGCCGCCGACCUCAUCAUAGGCGUCUUCUCCAUGAAUCUGUACACCUCGUACAUACUGAUGGGCUACUGGGCCCUGGGGAACCUCGCCUGUGACCUGUGGUUGGCGGUGGACUACGUGGCCAGUAACGCCUCGGUCAUGAACCUGCUGGUGAUCAGUUUCGACCGGUACUUUUCCAUCACCAGGCCUCUGACCUACAGGGCCAAGCGGACCCCAAGGCGAGCCGGGAUCAUGAUAGGCUUGGCCUGGAUGGUGUCGCUUAUUCUGUGGGCCCCGCCCAUUCUCUGCUGGCAAUACUUUGUGGGGAAGCGGACCGUCCCCGAGAGGCAAUGCCAGAUCCAGUUUUUCUCUGAACCCGUGAUAACCUUCGGGACGGCUAUCGCCGCCUUUUAUAUCCCCGUAUCGAUCAUGACGAUCCUGUAUUGUCGAAUCUACAAGGAGACGGAGAAGAGAACCAAAGAUCUGGCGGAGCUGCAGGGGAUUAACUUCCCCACCGACCCCGGGGUCGCCCAGCCUCAGAAGACCAUUGUCAGAUCAUGCUUCAGCUGUAAAUUGAGGUCGAUUUCACACGACAGGAAUCAGGCCUCUUGGUCCUCCUCCAGCAGAAGCAACGCGGCCAAAUCGGCGGCCACCACCAACGACGAGUGGUCCAAAGCCGGUCAGCUGACCACCUUCAACAGCUACGCCUCGUCCGAGGACGAGGACAGGCCCGUGUCUCCGGGGAGCUUCCAGCCCUCCUUCCGGAACCAGGCCUGCGAGACCAUCAAGGGCGGCGCGGGCAGCGAGAGCGAGCAGCUCAGCAGCUACGAAGAGGACAGCUUCUUCCAGACUCAGAAGAGCGGCAAGUGCGUGUCCUACAAGUUCAAGCCGGCGGCCGCCAAAGACGCCGCCGCGGGGCACCGCGGCAAGAACGGGGACGCCAAAGGGGCGUCGUCGGCGUUCUCCUCCGCCGAGUCCAUGAGCGUCCCGUCCACCUCCUCGACGUCCAAGCCCGCGGACGCCACGCUGAAGAGCCAGAUCACCAAGAGGAAGAGGAUGGUGCUGAUCAAGGAGAGGAAGGCGGCCCAGACGCUCAGCGCCAUCCUGCUGGCGUUCAUCCUCACGUGGACGCCUUACAACAUCAUGGUGCUUAUUUCCACCUUCUGCUCGGACUGCAUCCCCCUCUCCCUGUGGCAUCUCGGCUACUGGCUGUGCUACGUCAACAGCACCGUCAACCCCAUGUGCUACGCCCUGUGCAACAAGACUUUCCAAAAGACCUUCCGAAUGCUCUUGCUUUGCCAGUGGAAGAAGAAGAGGAUUGAGGAGAAGCUGCACUGGUACGGACAGAACCCCGUCGUUAGCUCCAAGCUAACGUGAACUGUAAAACUGUAAAAACUGUUAUUUUUAAAUACGGUGUAUUGCUGUAAAUUAAAUGUUAAUCUUGGGUUUACAAACGAUAUCAAGGAGAUGGUUCAAAUUGUAAUUUAAAUUGUUCGUUAAUCGAUAGGUAUGUUAAUUACUGCUAAACCAAAUUGGAAAUGGAAAAACAAAUCAAAUUGCCCCAACGUAGUCAAAACAGAACACAUUUUACAUGUAUGUGCUGUGUUUGUGCUGAAGAUGCACAUUUUGGGAGUCAUUUUAUGUUAGAGGGCUAAUACAUGCCGUCUAAAUCCAGAUUGUAACCUGAUGAUGAUCAAAGCCUUUUCACGUGUGCCAUUGCAAUUUAAGGAUGAGGGAACAUAGCUCCAACUUUCUUGUUUUCACGUUUCAUCCGCUGUGUUUUCUGUCCUCAGCGGACAAAUAUUGAGGAAUAAUUCCAUAAGUUAAAAUACAAAUAUUACUCCAGCCCAAAGCCCAAGACUUAUUUUACUCAAACUUUGUGACACACUUGUCAAUGUUUACAUUAUUGUGGAGGAUUCUAAAGUACACUUUGUUUAUCACAAGUUUAUUAGU